AUGUCCGAUCAAAGCGAGUACCCGUCCGAGUCCAUGCCCGGCCAAGAUAACGGUCUCCGCCCACUUUCCAAUGUGGAGGAUUUGUCUCUCGGGAGCAACAGCGAUCUUGCCCGCAUCAUGAACCGUGCGGGUAUCGCACUGCCCAAUGGCUUCCCGCUGGAUGAUGACGAUGACGAUGAGGAGGUGGAUGAGGAUUAUGUCGCAAUUGAUCAGGAUGAUGGUCAGGACUACCCAUACUGGUUCCGCCGCCCGCACACCCAAAACCGCACAAAGCUGGAUGAGCUGCAUCCUUUCGUCCAACUGUUGUCCGCGUCCAAUGUUGAUGACUGUGUGAAGGUGGAGAACGCUUUCCCAGAGCCAGAACGCUGCUCGUAUGAUAAGUUCGUCUAUCGUCUCACUAGAUGCCCCGAAUUGAGUCUGGGCCUGUUCACUCUCCCUCUCCUCGCAGAGGGCGAGACCAAGCCUCGUCCAAUUCUCGUCGGACACAUCAUUGCCACUCGAACCUCAGAGCCUUCGGUGACAGAUCGCUCCAUGCGCCUUCCGACCAACUGGGAAAAUGAGCGCUGGUCCUUCGAGGAUGGACAGGCGGUCGGUCACGAAGAAGGAGGUAGCACAAUUGCUAUUCACUCCCUCGCCGUGGAGCCCGAGCACCAGGGCAAGCAGGUCGGCAGCACUCUCAUGAAAUCAUACAUCCACCGCAUUCGGGAGGCACAAAUCGCCGACCGCAUCGCCAUCAUUGCUCACGACCACCUGGUGCCUUUCUACGAGUCCUUCGGGUUCGAGUCUCGUGGUCCCAGCAAGUGUCAGUUUGGCGGCGGCGGCUGGGUUGAUCUGAUUUUGGAGUUUGGCCCCGAGCCCAUGGAUGAUUAA